GACAAUUUGCCCGUUUUAGACGUCAAUUCUCAUCACACACUUUCGGCGACUUAUUCGAUUUGGAAAUGAUUUCACCAUAAUUUUUAGAAAGAGCGUGAAUCAAAGCCUUAUGAAAUAUAUUGUUAAGGUCACAAAAGGUUACGCAUAGUAGUCAUGCUUGAGGUGCUUAUAAGCGGGUGUCGCGAGGAUUGGCGGCUCAGUUCGAUCCAAUCGCCAAUGUUGGAAGACAGUAACGGUACGCCAGUCGACGAGUUCGAUUGCAGCGACAUGGACGCCUGCUAUGAAACAUUUGACAAAGAUGGGGAUGGGAAGCUAAGCCUGGAUGAGUUCCGCGUGAUCUGCAAGGCCCUGUUCCGUAACGACAAGGGCCACAUCUACCCCCUGUCCGAGGAGAGGGCGCGCCACAUCUUCCAAGUAUUCGAUAAGAAUGGGGACGGAUUCAUUGAUAAGGAGGAGUUCACUUUCUGCUGGAACCAUUGGAUUAAAGUCAUCGUGCGUCCGGUGAGCGCGUUCCUGAUAGUGGACGUGCAGAACGACUUCAUCUCCGGCACCCUCAACAUCAGCAAGUGCAACGCGCAGCAGGACGGCAGUGAGGUGAUAGAACCAAUCAACAGACUCCUGGACACUGUGCCGUUCGAUGCGGUGUUCUAUUCCUUGGACUGGCACCCGCCUGACCACGUCUCCUUCAUCGACAAUGUGCAUAUGAGAGAACUGCAUCCUUCUAACCCGGUGCCAGCAGACAAGGCACAGGCUUACGACACGGUGGUGUUCGCGGGCCCGCCCCCCAUGAAGCAGCGGCUGUGGCCGCGACACUGCGUCCAAGACACCUGGGGCGCAGAGCUGCAUAAGGACCUUAAGAUAAUGGACGGCGCUGUAAAAAUCUACAAAGGCACGAACCCCGAGGUGGACUCGUACUCCGUGUUCUGGGACAACAAGAAGCUGACAGACACCAGCUUGGGCAACCAGCUGCGACUGAGAGGCGCCACUGAUAUCUACAUCUGUGGACUGGCUUAUGAUGUCUGCGUGGGCGCAACGAUAGCCGAUGCCUUAGCCAUCGGUUACCGCUCCAUCCUGAUAGAGGACGCCAGUCGCGGCGUGGACCUCGCCGACAUCGAGAAGACCAAGGCUACCAUCGUCAACAACAAUGGAGUUAUCGUCAACUCUGAUGAGGUACUAGCAAUGGUGGAAGGGCGCGACAGGCGACCGGAGUUAGGCUACAAACUAGCCAUGGAGCUUAAAAACGCUAUGGAAGAUAAGUGAGCCCCUUGUACCGGCUAACUAGCUAUUUAUUUAUUUAUUGCCUAAUCUACGCCUCAAAAUAGUCCUAAAACUUAAGCUAAAAAGUACUUAAGCACUGUAUGAGUAAUGUCUAAACUAUAUUCGUCUCUUUCUUUCACCUACAAUACACUAUAUGUGUAACAGAGAUAGAUAUAGUUAGCAAUCACAUGUUUAUUUAAAAGAAAAUGAUGCUUUUAACUUGUUUCCUAUACGCUUAGUAUACCAGUGAGAUAAUACUUCGGUAUUAAGUAUAAUACGUUCUAAAGA